UUAAAGCUGGAGGCAUGAGAGUUUCUAAGAAGCCAGAAAAUGCAUCAGAUGAAAGAAGUUCUAAAUUCCAUGGAAAAGAGAAGCCCAGCUCUGCUCCAGUCAUAAAAGUACAGAGCAUAAAUAUCUUACUGACAGACACCUUUCAGAAAUUGAGGUAUACAUUUCCAGCCGCUGCAGCACAAGGAGCAUAUGAGAAGCCGCGACCUACUGUGGAAAAAAUUGUAUUGCCCAAACGAAUGUGCAUUAUUCAGCAGCCACGGAAAUGUUAAACAUGUAGAAUAAAAUAUUCAUAUAUUUGACAGACUUGCACUUAACAAAGACACCAGUUAACUAGGCAAGCAGUAAAUACACCAAAUCACUCAGGCAUUUUGGGAGUUUUUUUUCUUUCACAAUAAAAACUCUGUAUAUUC